GUUCAGCUGCCUGGUGAGCCACACCUGCAGUAGCAUCUCUACUGGGCUUGCAUUGAGAGCUGUGAGCACGUCCAACAGAGCCACUGAGCUGGCCAGGGACCACCGCACCUACCCUCUGAGGAGAGGCCAUGGCAACAGGGCCUGCACAGAUGGGGGAAGGAGAUGGCUUAGAGAGGCCAAAUGGCAGAAGACUGGGUGAAACACCUCCGGAGGUCACUUCCAGACAGAGUGAUAUGACUGAUAGCAGGAACAUAUUUCCUCUUCAAGGAUCUUGUAAACUAGAUCUGGUGCUGUGUCACCAGUUUCUGGAGAGCUGUUGACAUUUUAAAAUCUAAGCUGAGCCAAAACAUGCGUAAAACUCCUACAGGAUUAUCUGCAGUGACAGCCACAGGGAAGAGCUGCUGAGCUGGAAGGUAUCCUAAGUGGCUUAAAGUCUUACUUGGGACACAGGAAGCGUCAGAAAGUGAGAGGACAGCAAGGAACUGAAAUAAAAAUAACAGAGUGACUUGAAACCACUGGUUCCUCUUUUUAGAGAGGAACAUUUAUUUAUCUAACCAUUUUUAGAUAAGUGACUUUUCUCCUGGUGGAGCUUGUAACGUCAUGGUGAUAGUGCAGAACAACAGUGGAUGUGGAGGUGCUGAGGUGCUGGAGCAAGAUGUGGUUCUCCAGUCUAUUGACCGUGCCAUUGAGGCUGUGCACAAUGCAGCCAUGAAGAAUGGGGGAAAGUACAACCUGGAGCAAAGAGACGUCCUCCAGAAACUGAUCCACCACCGGAAGGAGACAGUAUCCCGCAAAGGCCACUCUCCGUCCCCGCAGGGGAUGGUGAUGACACAGUCCUCCAGCGACCACCACCUGGACGUGUCCCGGCAGCCCAACGGCGUGUGCCGCACCGGCUACGAGCGCCACCACAGCCUCCCCAACACCGAGUUCGAGGAGGAGGAUGAAGGGCUCUAUCAGAUCCCCCCCCAGCCCCGGCGUGCUGCUCCCGUCACCCCCCCGCCUCCAGAGAAACGCAAGAACGUGCAGAUCGCUGCUCCCGGCAAAAAUGCUGUUGAAAUUAUCCCUGGGUCAGCUUCUAGUGCUUCCUCUGUAAGCACGACGUCCCUGGACACCUUGUACACCACUUCUUCUGCGUCAGAGACCGCGCUCCCGACGGCCACGUCCAGUCCUGCCAACACGCCCCCGCCCGUGCCGAGCCGCAGCGUCCACACCACCAUCACACGCAACUUGGACACGGGCUCCGUGGGCCACUCCCGCUACGGGACGUCCCCGAAGGAUGGGGCCAGCAAAUCUCCCCAGGGCAAGAGGGCUGCCCCGGCACCACCGGCUGAAGGGGGGACCCUGAGGUCCCACGAUGGGGAGAAGACUUCUCAGGUGAAGAAAGCUGGCCAGGCCUCCCCCGCAAGCCUGGAUGCCUUCAGCUCCCUCUGCCUGGAGGAUAAGAAGGCCGUGGCGCCAGAGCCGGUGCCGGCAGAGCCCGGGGGCCUGGCAGCGCCCGUGCCCAAGACCAUAGGUGCCGAGCUGAUCGAGCUGGUGCGCAGGAACACCAACCUCAGCUACGAGCUGUCCCGCGUGGCCAUCGGCGUGGUCAUCGGCCACAUCCAGACCUCUGUCCCAGCCACCAGCGGCAUCAUGGAGCAGAUUCUCAUCUCCGUGGUGGAGAGUAAGAAUCUGAGUGCGGGGCUGCCCUCGGGACAGAUCUGCCACGACGAGCAGCGUCUGGAGGUGAUCUUUGCAGAUCUGGCCAGGCACAAGGACGAUGCUCAGCAGCGCAGCUGGGCACUCUACGAGGAUGAGAAUGUCAUCUGCUGCUACCUGGAGGAGCUGCUUCGCAUCCUGACAGAUGCAGACCCAGAAGUUUGCAAGAAAAUGUGCAAGAAGAAUGAGUUUGAAUCCGUCUUGUCCCUCGUGGCAUAUUAUCAGAUGGAACACAGGGUGCCGUUACGGCUGCUGCUGCUCAAGUGCUUUGGAGCCAUGUGCAACCUGGAUGCUGCUGUCAUCUCAACACUUGUAAACUCUGUGCUGCCGAUGGAGCUGGCCCGGGACAUGCAGACACACACUCAAGAUCACCAAAAGAUGUGCUACUCUGCACUGGUGCUGGCAAUGAUGUUCUCCAUGGGGGAGCCCCUGCCAUAUCAUCACUAUGAACAUCUCAACUCUCAGUUUGUGCAGUUCCUGCUGGAUGUGAUUGAGGACGGGCUGCCCUCGGACACCACUGACCAGCUGCCUGACUUAUUUGUCAAUGUCCUUCUAGCCUUCAAUCUCCACAUUCCAGUUCCAGAACACAGUGUGAUCAUGACUACAAUAAGCAAGCACUCGAAUGUCAAGACGUUCACAGAAAAGCUGCUGCUGCUGCUGAACAGGGGAGAUGAUCCAGUUUGUAUCUUCAAGCAUCAGCCUCAGCCACCACACUCUGUGCUGAAGUUUCUGCAGGACAUCUUUGCCAGCAAGGAUACAGCCAGCAUCUUCUACCACACAGACAUGAUGGUCCUGAUAGACAUCCUGGUGCGGCAGAUUGCUGAUCUCUCUCCAGGAGACAAGCUGAGGAUGGAGUAUCUGUCCCUGAUGCACGCCAUCAUCCGCUCCACGCCCUAUCUGCAGCACCAGCACCGCCUCUCCGACCUGCAGGGCAUCUUGCAGCGCAUCCUGGGCGAGGAGGAGGAGGACCAGCAGUGCCAGAUGGACAAACUGAUCAUCUUGGAGAUUUAUAAGGAGUUCCCAGAAAUCUCUCCUGGUACCAGCUAACCGCCCCUCAGCUCUGCCCGGAGUUUGAACCACUUGGAUCAACGACGUCUCUUGUUGACACUCUCUCCCCAUUCCCAUCCAGUACAGCUCAUACCUUAUAUCCCUCCCUGCGAGGCCUAAGGUUGGGACAGCGUGCAGGCCCUUCAGAGACGCCAGCAGCAGCAGCAGGGGCACGGCGGGGUGCCCGGGGCCUGGCGCCCGGGGCAGGAGGAGGCUCGCUGGUGCUGAUGGGAAGGUGAACCAGAGCUUGUGAGGGAUUUAGCAGCGGGGUGGGGGAUGUUCAGCUGUGCUGGUGUCCCCGAGGUCCUGAAGAGAAAGGCCUUUGCCUUGGAGUAUCACUUCUUUCCCAUGUGCAUCUCUCUCCCUGCAGUGACCAAGUGGAGUCCGCUGGUGCUUGGAAGAAGCUUUUGUCACACCCGUUUGUUCUGCUGCUCGUGCCAAUGUGCCGCGGCCCUGCCAAGGGGAGGUAGCUCGCUCGCUGUCUAACGCCUCGUGUAGUGAGCCUUUCACUGCCCCCUGGCCCUCAGCUUUGCCUCUGGCUAGCAGCCCACCCAGGCUCAUAGAGGUUCUUACCCCAGCAGCUGCUUAUUUCAAUCUGCUUUCUAUAGUGACGUUGAGAUCUGAAUUUCUUGCACACCGCGGCAGCCCAGAAGUAACAACACGUGGGUGACGCUGCCCUUGGGACACAGCACAAAGAGGUGUCCUGCCAAGAGCCAGCUGCCACUCGCCACCUCUCUCCCCCUGAGCAGAGGGGCCGUGUGUGGGCAGGCACGCUCUGUCCCCGAAGCGUGUGCAUUUCUUGCCGUGAGCUUCACCGUAGCUCUGCCUCGCUGCCCUCCCGCUCCCCUGGCAGCGCUCGGAGGCAGCGUCAGCCUCGUGUCCAGUAGCUGUUUGUGACUAUGCACGAGUGUGGGGAACCCUUAUUUAUGUUUCCUGUAGGUUUCUAGCAAACGGGAUUAACCUGUUUCCCUGUUACAGAUAGUCACACACACUAACGUGGGUCUCUUAGAUAUUCGUGUGCGCGGUCUGGUCACUCCCUGUCCCCGGCUCUUCCUUUGCAGUAUCCAGUGUAGGGGCUAUUGGAAAGUGGAACUGGAAAUACUGGGCACUGUAUUUCUUUUCAGCUUGAGGUGAUGACUCGAGCUCUGCUCUGCAGGCCUGGGCUCCGGGCCCUGGGGCAGUGGUGCUCGGGAACGGAGGGGGUUGGCCUGGCAGCCAAGCGGGGCAAGGGCCUCCUGCAGUCAGCCUGGCAAUGCCCAAGCUUAAUACCCACCCCCGUAGAGAAACCUAUUUUUCCCCUGUAAAAAUGUAUGAAUGUGAAAAGGGAUCCUGUAUUUUCUUAAACACUAAGUGUAACAUGAAGAGGAAUAAAAAUGUCUUAAACUGGA